AUGGAGUGGCUAUUCCACCCUACCCUUACCCUUCCAGUUUGGAGUGAUCACUUCAAGACCUUGCUGAACAGGCAAGCACCGUUAGCUCCUGAACUCGAGCACGUUCAUAGGCCGACAUAUGCGGUUAACGAGGAACCACUGACCGAGUCGGAGAUACUGGGCUGUAUCCAAAAGAUGAAAAAUGGAAAAUGUAGUGGAGACGACGGAAUUAGCGGAGGAAUGCUUAAAUAUCUUCCUCCGUUUGGGAUUCGUGAGAUGGCAAAGAUCAGCCGUUCAAUAUGGAUAGAGGAAAUGAUACCUGACUCGUGGAGACGCUAUCACAAUUCAUAA